AUGGCUGGUCAAAAAUUCCCCACUGACGUUAAAGCAAAAUACGUCCCAUACGACAAUGAACAUUCAGAGAUCUUGAAAGCUGGUGCACCAAAACCACUCGAUUUGCAAGAAGAAUUGAAAGACGGAACUGUCAUCAUCACCGCUAUUCCAGGUGCUUACACCCCCACUUGUUCUCUUAAACAUAUCCCAGACUAUAUCAAAAAUGUCGAAGAAUUCAAAAAGAAGGGCGUCAAGAGAGUUAUCGUUUUGGCUGUAAAUGAUCCAUUCGUCUUGUCUGCUUUUGGUAAGUCAGUUGGUUACAAGGAUGAAGAAAACUUUGUCAUUUUUGCCACUGACCCAGAAGGUCAAAUUUCAAGCAAAUUGGGUGACGAUUACGUCUUGGACUUGAGCAGCGCUGGUUUAGGUAAGAGAUUACAAAGAUACGCCGCUGUUGUCAAGGAUGGCGAAGUUGUUUACUUGGUCAAUGAAGACGGUGGUGACUUCACUGAUAUUUCAAGUGCUGAAACUUUACUUAGAAAGUUGUAA